UGCUCUAGAUCUGAUGUAGAGGUUUUCGCAAUAUGGCAGCCGGCUUUUGCAAAGUUCGACGGCGCAUAGCUUUAAUCUUUGUUUCAGUUCUACUGUUGAUCGGAUGCUUAAUCGGAAGUAAAUCUUUGGAAAACUUAGGUGUGAAGUUCAAUGAAAACUGCAAAAAUGGUCUCUCAGACAGAUUUUUGUUUGGUCUGUGCAGAAACUAUUCAAGAAAAUUGGCUUAUGGCGAUAUUUGCCAUUUGCUAUGUGGAGGGAAAUCAUUCAGACAAAAAGGAUGUAUACACCAUUCAAGCACUGUUGUGAUAGGCGGGGAUUUGAAUGGCAAGAAAGUUGUGUUAAAGCAUAAAAAAAUAUCAUCAGAUGACUACCUUUCUGCUGAGUCACUAGAAGGUAUUCUCGGUGGGACAUCUGGUUCAAUGGAUGGUGCUCAGACAGCUUGGGAAGAUAUGAUACUUGACAAGGUAGAAAGUGCUGUUGGAAAAUUUGCUAGAUUGAGCAGAAAAAAGGUCCUCAAACAAAUGAAUGCCCCUUUGUCUAGAAACCUGCAUGCAAUGGUCUCAUACCUUCCUUUGGCAGCACAAGAAGAGUAUGCUAUGUUUGGUGUUUACCAAGAUCUGAAUCAUAUUCCUAAACUACAUGGCUACUGUGGACAAACUUAUGCAGUAGAAAAAUUAACUCCAUAUAGUGCUUUAUUCCCUGCAAUAACAAGAAAACUUGAUUGGAAAAGUACAAGAAGGCUAGCACUGAGUUUCUUGGAUAUGGUAAUCGAACUUGAAAAUGCAGUCGGUGGACCUUUGCAACAUUGUGACAUUCAAGAAGGCAACUUUGGUGUCACAGAUGACUUCCAAGUAAAACUUAUUGAUGUUGACUUAAUUCUUACAAAAGAGAAAGCAGAUCUUUUCUUGCCACAACCCAACUGUACAAAAGAUGCUGACUGUGAUUUUUUUGAUUGUAUCUCAAUGUGUGAUGUAAAAAAAAAGAAAUGCCUUGCAAGGCGAAUAACUUCAAAUUUGCAGAUAUUAUGCCGUGAUAUAUUCAAGUCAAAUUGGCCAUCAACUGGUCUUUUUGGAGGUGUGCCACAAAACAUACGCUCAGUACUAAACAUUUUGCUUGAAGACUGUGCAUCAAAGCGCUUUGGAUAUUUUCCAUUUAAACAUAGAAAGGUCAAAGCCAUGAUUCGCUCAUUAAAAAGUUUGUUGUCAAGGGAUGAUUACAAUAAAAAUAACUAGUGGAUUUUUAUGAUGCUAGUUUCCCUUACAUAAUUCAAUCUGACUGUAAACACACAAAUACACAUAUUUAAAAUGGAAAUACUAGAUAAUGCACCAGAUAGCCAACUACAUGGUAAUCUGAUCCCUUAUUACCGUCAUUGUAAACAUUCUUUACUAAACUUGUAUGUUGUCCCUUUUGUUUUUAAGAUUUUGUCUAAAGAUAGUUCAAAGGCCUUUAGACUGGCUACCCAAAGCAAGCAGAGUACAAACAUCAAAUGCAGGGGCCAAGCAAACUAAUUUACUGUAAUUGAAUUGCAAAAUAAUAUCAUAGCUGUAGGUUUUUAUUUAGUUUAGCGAUAGAAUCUCAUAGAUGGUCUCCUUGUUUUGAAGAGGUGCUGUAUACUUACUUGCUAGUGGAAAUUUAAUAUUUGUAAUUUUUAUAUUCUGUUUUAGUAUUAAUUGCUCCAUUGUACAAUUUUAAAAGGAGACUAUAUUUUAUAGAUUGAUGUUAUAUUGAACAAAAAAUAAUCUAUUGUUGUUUGUACAAAAAGUUUUGGUAAAACUGUUGAUAAGUUGUUAAAUCAUUUUAUAAAGAAACAUAGACAUCGUCAAUGUUAUUGUCACUGGUAGGUUAUUAGUAGAAAUCUUUUUCAGCAUAAAUUCCCUGUAAGCUACACUUAUGAAU